AUGACUCUCAGUUCAGAUUUGUCUCUCGAAACCAAAGGGCAUAGAAGAGUAGCUUCUGUGUUUGGCAAACUAAAUUUCUGUAUACCUAAAAAGAGCUUCCAUCAAAGCAAACAUACCAUUGGGAGGGCAGAUGGUGUUAGUGGCGAGUCAGAAGAGAGCAUUGCAGUCUAUUCUGGAAUUUACGCAAGAAAACUCAUGCCCUAUUGUAUUGGGAUGGCAGAUGGUGUUAGUGGCCAGUCAGAAGAGAGCAGUGCAAUCGAUUCUGGAAUUUGCGCAAUAAAACUAAUGCCCUAUUGUGUUGCAAAUCGAAUGAUGGAUGUUAAUGACGAAGCAACUUCUGAAUUUGACAACCUAAAACUGGUGUCUGGUUGCUUCUAUCUACCAAAGAAGAGCGAGAGCAGGCCGCUCGGACAAGACGCUCACUUCCACUUUCAAACGAAACGGACAAUCGGCGUGGCAGAUGGUGUUACUGGCAGGUCAGAAAGGAGCGUUGCAAUUGAUUCUGGGAUUUACGCAAGAGAACUCAUGAGCAAUUGUGUUGCCAAACUGGGUCGCAAACCCAAUGGCGCCGCUGUUAAUCCAAAACGAGUGUUGAAAACAGCUCAUUACAAGACUGAAUCAAAAGGGUCUUCCACUGCCUGCGUUGUGUCCCUCAACGGAACCCGUUUGUGCUAUGCCAACGUUGGCGAUAGCGGGUUUCUUGUUUUCAGGUCUAACCGCUGUGUGUAUACUUCAACAAUAAAGCAACGUCGCUUUAACCAUCCUUAUCAGUUAAAUAACAGUGGUAGAAGAAUUAUAGAAUUCGAUGACAUAGCUGAUGAGGGUGAAUUUGAGGUUGAGGCUGGCGAUGUUGUGGUGCUUGGAACUGAUGGAUUGCUUGAUAAUCUGUUUGCGCAUGAGAUUGAAGACAUUCUUGAAAAACAGAUUUCUUGCGAAACGCCCCAUAUGCAUCCUCAACAGAUCGCUGUCGCCAUUGGAGUUGCUGCCGAGGCUAAUUCACGCAACGAUUUAUACAAGUCACCAUUUUCCAUGGCUGCUGGAUUGGCUGGAUUUGAGUGUGUUGGUGGUAAACAUGAUGAUAUUACUGUCAUCGUUGCACGGAUUGAAUCAUCUCAUUAG